CGUGUAUCAGCUGAUUUGUAUAUAACCUACAUUCUACAUUCUUCAAACAACUCAAAUUUUUUUCUUCCUUUAAGCUCGUAUAAUAUCACCGAUAAAAAUGACGGAAAAAGAAGAUGAUGAGUCAAUGAAAAAUGCCAGUGAUCAAGAGAAAAGUUUGGCAAUGAGUGCUUAUGCCGAAUUCAAGAAGAAAAAUUUCAACACAGCUCUACAACAUAUUCAUAAACUGGAAUAUCGUUCCUUUGACUUCAAAGUCUUUCUCAAUAAAGCGGUAGUAGAGUAUUAUAAGAGUGAGUUUAAAAAGACUGAACAAUUCGAAAAAGCAUUGACAGCACUCUGUGAUCAAUUCAAUAUACAGUUGGACAAACCAGAGGAUGUUACACAAUGCAUAGUACAUUAUAAUAAAGUUGUUUUACUAUUCCACAAAAGAGAAUAUACAGCGGCACUUAGGAUAACAGAAAAAUUAUACAAAUUCAUUGAACCAAUGGAUGAUGUGUUAGCCAGGAAAGUCUGCUUUUUAGCAGCAGAAUUACAACUACUCAUUAAAAUGCCAGAUAAAGCUUUAAGUACCCUUGCCUAUAUGGAAGAUCAACUUAUGAAUAAAACAAAGCAAGGUGAUAGUGAAGAUUCUUCUAGUAAGUCUAAUGAUUCUGACAUGGAAGAGUUAGGUAUAAAAAUUGCAAAAUACAAAGCUCGCUGCUAUCUUAUGAAGAGAAACUUAACUGUAGUGAAGAACCAGAUCCAACUUUUUGACGGAGAUCAAUGGAAAGUGGAUGCUCUAUUCCUCAACGCUAAUCAGCAAUAUCUAUCUGGGCAAUUUCAGAAAGCACUCAAAACUCUCUCGUUGAUACCACCACAAAUUUUGAAUUAUAGUAAACAAGGAGAAUCUUCAAUUGUUCUGUUCAACAAUAAUAUGGGUGUGAUACACCACGCUCAAGGAAAACAUCACCUAGCUUGUAUUUACUACCAAACAGCUUUGAAGGAAGAUAUGAAAAUCCAGGAAUCAAUCAAAAACGAACAAGAUAAACCUUUACAUACUCUUGGUGGUUCUAAAUUUCAUGAGCUCACUUACAACUUAGGCAUAGCUCUCCUACAUGCUGGAAGAUAUUCGGAAGCUUUUGACGCUUUGAUAAUAGCUGUCAGGAGGUACCAUCGAAACUCUAGGUUGUGGUUGAGGAUAGCUGAAUGCUGCAUAAAAUUACAUAAACCAAAUAAUAGGGUAGACUUUGAUUCUACACAAUUUCAAAAGAAAAUGUGUAUAUCCAGAAUCGGCCAAACCAUGGACAAUAUGAAAUACGUUUUACCGACACGUGUAUCGAAUGAUCAAAAAUAUAGCACGGAAGGUCAAUCGUAUGCAGUACCCAUUCCAACAUUAGAAUUCGCAUCAAUCUGUCUCAGGAAUUCCUUAAUCUUAAUUCCAUCAGAAUCUGAUACCACACCUCAGCCGGUCUAUGUAAAGCCUGGUGUAAGACACCCUGCCCCCACUCCAACUUUCGGGCCAGCUCCUUCCUCUCCUCUAGACUCGGACGGAAAUGCAGAGUUGAAAAACGCCAUUUUGGUAGCAAGUACAUUUGUGUCUUUGUGUUUGGGAGACUACAUUGUUGCCUUAGAACAUGCUGAGAAUUUGCUUGCGCAACCAAGAUUGUCCUCCAUCCACAAGUUAUUGGGUCAUCUUUAUGCCGCAGAAUGUUUGGUAUUAUUGAAUAAAAUGACAGAGGCUAUUGACCAUCUGAAUCCUAACAAUGUUAAAGAUUUCAGUUUUGAACUGCCUCCAGAAAAAAAAGAUGUGGACAGUGAGGCAGAAGAAAAGGAUGAAGUACGAACGAAUCCUCCUAUCAAUUGGUUUCCUAGGGAUAUCGAAACAGUCCAUAUCAUCAUGAUGUAUAAUUUAGCUGUUGCAAAAGCUAUAAGAGGACAAUUUGAUCAAGCGCAUUCACUUCUGCAGCAAAUAUGUGGUAAUCAAAGAGCACUUCCUGAAGGCAAAUACCCAAUUCAUAUGAUAAUGUUGAUAAUAUACAUCCAACUAAAAUUAGGACACCUAGACUCUGCUAAAACAUUCAUCAAACAGUAUAUAAAUCCUUAUAAUGGAUGACAUUUUAAUUGAAUGUAUUGUUUUUGUCUAACUUCAAUUUUAAAUUUGUAAAUUUUUUAUCAACUGAAAUAGCAAAAUAUUACAAAUAUAACUUAUAAUGAUUUUUUCAA